GGCAAGUAAAUUUCCUGUAUGUGGCAUCUGCGAUUCCAGGAAUAUUUCUGUACCAUCUGCAGCAUGGUGUUUUGAAUGUUACACAGGGAUUUGUGAAGAAUGUAAGGAACAACAUCUUCUCAACGAAGCACACAGAAGUCAUGGUAUUAUACCUUUGACCGAUUAUCAAAAGUUAUCCGUAAGUGUCCUUCAAAUUGCUGAGUCUUGCAAAUUACAUUGUGAAAACUAUCAAGCAUACUGUCAUGAACACGAAUGUUCUUAUUGUACAAAAUGUCUCAUUGAGGAACAUAGGAACUGCAAAGAUCUCACAAAUAUACACGGUGGUAUUUGCAGCAUAAAUUCGUCAAAAACGAUUUGUGAAAUUCAAAGUUCAUUUCAAGAACUUGCCGAAAAUUUGAAAAGGAUUAAAAAGAAUCGUGAAGAAAAUAUGUCAUCUCUAAAAUUAGACAGACAGAAUAUUGAUAAAGAAAUUCAGAAAGCUAGACAUGCAAUUAAUGAACAUUUUGAUCGUCUUGAAGAAGAGUUAAUGAAAGAACUGACAAGGGUUGUAGAUUACGAAAGCCGAAAAAUAAGAAACAUUUUAGCAUCUUUAGAGCGGACAGAAAAGGAAAUAGUUGAACUUCAAGUGACCCUGGCAAGUUUAAAGCAGCAUGCAUCCGCCCAACAAUCAUUCCAAGUCAGUAAACAGACUCAGCAUAAACUGAUUGAUACAAACAACUUCAUUCAGUCCAUGCACGAUAAUAAUGAACUAUCAGAUGUCAAUAUCUCUUUACAAAUGGACGAUUUUGUAAAAAUUGUAAAGCAAAAUAUAAUUAAAACUGGGGAAAUCGUUGUACAGACCAGUCCAGUUUAUACGGCCUUAAUGAAACAGGAGUUUAAAGAGGCAAAAUAUGCGGAACUCAGUGAAAUCGUUGUACAAACAAGUUCAGACUAUACGUCUUUAAUGAGACAGAAGAAUAAAGGGGCAAAAUACUCGGAACUUGGUGAAAGCGAUGUACAGAUAACACAAGCUUAUACGUCUUUAAUGAUACAGGAGGAUAAGGAAGAAGCAUAUACAGAACUUGGUGAAAUUGUUGAACAGACCAGUCCAAUUUAUACGUCUUCAACGGGACAGGAGAAUAGAGAAGAAGCAUAUACGGAACUUGGUGAAAUUGUUGAACAGACCGAUCCAUUUAACAUGUCGAUAGUGAGACAGAAAAAUAAGCAAGCACAGUCUAAUGUGUCCAAAAGCAAAUCUGCACAGGAAAAUGAAUAUGAUACCAUACCAACAACGGAACAUGACACAGAUUUUUGUUUCAUUGUCAUGGUCAAACCAGGUAAAGAUGCCAAGAAAUUUGGAUUAAAUAAUAAAUACCGACUGUAUGUAAAACCUGAAGGUUUCACAUUAGAAGACAUAAAGAAAAGGACAUUGAAAUGUCAUUGGCCAUAUGAUAUAGUGCGACAAUAUGGCAAGUCAAAGGAAGGGCGAGAAAUUGUAAUCACUGUAGGCAGGAAGCAUAUUUUAGGUCCGGGUAAUGUCACAUUUCGAUGUGAUUCAAGAGAUAAUUUAGAUAGACUUUUUCGCUUGGUACCCAUCUUUAUAAAAAGGAUACAGUCAGCGGUCAAACCUUGAUACUAGAGGAUAAUGACUUAAAAAGUAAUAAUACAAACUAAAGCCAAUUAAGACAUUAGUAUGUGUUUAGAUAAAGAUUCAGUACAAAACUGAGUAUAAAGCCAAAACACAAUGACUUUGGUUUAUCUCUCGUUAUAUCCAACAAGCUGAAGGAAAACAAAACUUUUCUAUAUCUUUAGUAACAGUGAAAAAAUAAAAAUAGAUCUACAGUUAUAAACGAAACAUUCUAAUAAUAAGUCUUGCAAAUGACGUACAGUAUGACGUACAGUAUUUGACACAUAAAUCUGUUGCCUAAGGUGCAUCUAUUGUGAAUGCCAGUUUAUGUAUUGAUAUGAUUCCUUGAGUUUUUCAAUUGUUUUUUUUUUAUAUCUAUUCAUGAGACUUUUUGUUGCUUAAUUACGCUGCUUAAUUACGUUGAUAACUUCUUACCUGCUGUCUUAUUAAGUAGAACUCUUGUUUUGAAACCAAAUCAACCAUUUCCUGUAAAUUCAAGUCAAGGUAAGAUCCCGUCUGGUGUAAAUGUACUUAUUACAGUGAACUAACAUACAAAAAAUUGUUCAUCUUCUAAAAGAAAGGCUAUAUUCAGAUAUCUGAACGUGGUUGAUACAGCCCGAAUAUGAGAUCUAGUCAAAUCAUAUUAAUUCGACGAAUAUACACUGGUUUCACCAACCUAUAACAACAUUUAAAAAAUAAUAUAUUCAACCUAUGCCAACAAAGCAGAUACCAUUGAGCAAUAAUUGAUGUGACAGUGUUUUGGCAAAGAACUGCUCAUCCUUUUUCUCAAAACAUUCAUCGAAGGGUACCAAAACUAAUAGAUAAACCUUCAGUGUCACAAAUAAUCCAGAAUGAUCUUGAGUAUAUUCAAAAUUCUGUCGUUAUGUAUCACUUUAUUUCUUUUGCAGUUUUCCUUUCAUUUGUCUUUGUACUAUUAUGUCCCUUUUGAUCGUAUAAAUCUUCACGUGGCUCGGUAUUUAAGGAUCCGGCCUUCAAGUGUUGGGCGUUGGUUGUUUAUGAUGCAGGUAAGUCCAGAGGGGUGCUUCGGACGCAUGCAGUUUGUAUAGUGCUAUUUUUCAUUCUAUGUGAUCCCUCGCAUUUAUAUUUUACUCAGUUAUUGCUUCAUAUUUUCCAACAAAUCUAUGGCUUCCAUGAAUUAUUUCUUAAAUAUUCAAUAUAUAUGAAUAUUUCUAAAGGUGUUUGUGUGUAUGUUUUAGUGAGAAGUCUCAAAUGUCCAUUUGCACUGUAGCCGAUUUAUGUAGCAGUAUCUAUAUUAUCGAUUUAUUGAUUAUGAGCUUUAAUUUUUAACUGCUAAGCCGAUCCUAAUUAGGGAUACAUGCAUAGAAAACAACUAAAUCGACUUUGAAAAAUUCUUAAAAAUUAAAAUGUAUUAAAGAAAUAUAAUUACAUUAGAUGUACGUUCAUUAUUAUACGUUAUUUUGAUUGGCUAACAGCAAUCACGCGUAAUUCUUUAUUUCAAAAUGAAUUGCAUAAAUUGAAACAUACAUGAUGACACACGUUUCCACAAUAAAGUGCACAGGUAAAUAAAAGAAAAACUUGAUAGUAAUCGUCUUUUCAUGAUCAUAGCCACAAAAUGUAUUAUAAGUAUUGAAUGCUUCUUUUAGUAAUUUCAUAGGGUUGUAAAAGCAUUGACCGUGCGUACAUUUUUAGAAUGAAGCGCUUCCGCGCUUCAUACAAAAUGUACUUCGGUCAACGCUUUUACACCCCAAUGAAUAUACAAAAAGAAGCAUUCAAUUCUUAAAUAAAACGAAAAGAAAGCGAGAAAUAUCUAUGUGAGAUUAGAGAUAAAUUAUACAUUAUAGGUCAUGUCAGCAAUAAUUUUCGAAACCAUAAAAACCUGGAAUGUGGACAUAAUGAUAGAGCUUAUUUACUGAAGAUGGACAACAAAAAACAAAUCCUAUUUCCGUAUAUUGGUUUGUUAUAAAUCUGUCCGUUGGUUUUUUCUUUUGAAUUGAUUCACAUUUUGUCAUGUCACGGUUUCUUAAAGCUGGCUUUAUGGCAUGGGUUUUGCCUAUUGUUAAAGGCCGUAUAGUGAACUAUAACGGCUUAAAUCCACGUCAUUUUGGACUAGUGGUAGUUGUCUCAUUGACAAUCAUACCACAUAUCAUAUAAACAGUAGUGAUAAUGUAUCCUUUUACUUUUAGCUUAAUUAUGUUCUAGUUAACAUUACAUUGUAAUUAAUUUACUGGUUAGUGUGAUUCGUCAAGGAUAUUUCAUGGUUUGCGGUGGCUGUCAUUCAUGAAUCAUUUAGGCAGACAUUACAAAAAUCCGAUUUGAAUAUACCAGUGUAAUCCAUAAAAUGGUCGGGCCGUAAUGUUUCAAUUUGUUGCAUAAGUUUGUUUAACCAACUGAUGUUUGUGUAUUUUCUUAUUAUGUGCACACCAUGUGUAAAGCUUUUAUCAGUAGAUAUUGUAACGUUGUAUUUGGUAUUUUAACGUGUAAGUGUACUUAUGUAACGUGUGUAAUUAUCUGACAUUCUCAUUAA